UAUUACUCGAUGAAAACAUAUAUUAGUCAAUUAUACAAUACGAUAUACGUUAAAUAAUAUUAGGUACUUGCCGACGCUGUGGCGAAACAAGUUCUUUUUGCUAACUUCAAACUCAUUCCUUUCGAUGUAUAAUAAAUAUAAAGUCUUGAAAUAUUGUAAUUCGUCCAUUACACGUUCAAACUUAUUACAAAUCAUUAUAUCCACUAAAAAGAUUAUUUCACAAACAAGUUAUCUUCCAAACUGUAAUAAUUAUAUGUAAACGACAAUAACCACCUAACUUAACAGUGUCGCCACCUAGCGGAAGAGACGUGAAACCGCAUCGCAGUGAAUUUAUUAAUUACAUGCGAUGCGAGUUGCCAAGUGUAUAAAAAAAAGAAACUUUGUCACUAAUAGUAAGAAAAUAUUUCCGAGCAAAUUAUUGAUACGUUCGCGCAAAUAGAAUAAGUCGAAUAAAAGGAACCGCGGUCAUUUUCCGGUAUAACUGGAUCGACAGAUUUUCAUUGGAGAAGGCUCGCAUCCCAUUGGUCGGUUUUGAAACGACCACGAGUCCCGCUGUGAAAUCCGGAUGCGUUAGGGAACGCAAUGGGACAAAGGACGCUGUCGUACGCAGGCAGAUAGACGCCAUGUUCAUUUGUCAACGGACGUCAAGGUGUGAUCAUCGGAGGGAACAGAGAUUGCCUUCGAUGAAGUAUAAAGGUUAUCAAGUGUUCGCAUGAAAUUACCGUACAAGUUCGCGUGUAUUUAAUACCGUUUAACGAUAUGGCGUCCACGGAAUCACGGAAACGUAAACUGGAAGAGUACGAAAUGCAGCUGUUUGGCUUUCAUUCAAGAGCCGUGUACGCUACUAUGAAAAAUAUUAUAUCUAACAGAAUUCAUAAAACUACUAACAAGAUGUGUGACACUAUUAGGAAAACAUGUAAACUAAAUUCUGAAAGUUUAGAAAUACUAGAGUUAAAUGAAAAGCAAUUGGAAAGAACAUAUUGUAAAAGAGCAAAAUCAUGUUUAAAGAGCAUAGAGAAUGCUGUAAAUAAAUACAUUGCUGUGCCAAGUAAUGUCUUGUUAGAAGAGGACAAACAUCAAAGGAUACAAUAUAGCAAAACAGAAUUUGAAAAUAUGAAACAAAGCUUGGAAGACUUACAACAAAGAGCAAAAAGAGUAACUACUUUUAAUGCAAUAUUGAAAGAAGAAUUACAAAUUUUAGAGGAGUUUCCAAUAUCUGAGGACAGUAUAAAUAAAAGGCAUAAGACAAUCGAAAAUGGACUUAAAUGUUCAGAUGUAAAUAAAAAAAUGUAUCAGGUAGUAGAAGAUUACAAAGUACUUUCUACGAGUCUAUUUGGUGCAAUAUCAAUCACAGAUAAAUUAAAGUAUAAUGCAAUAGAUAAUCUUAAGUGCAAAGACAUAGAUUUAAAUAAUUUAUAAAUUAAUUUAUAAUUUUUUCUAACAUAAGAUGCAGUGUUGUAGUUCAAAGUGUUACUUUGAACAUUAACAUGUAAAUAUAUAUACGGUAACAUUCUAUGAAUGUAAAAUACUAUUCGUACAUUGUGUAUUUUUAUUAAAUAAGCUUUAUACAAUAGACAAACAAAUACAUUAUUAUAUAUAACUGAA